AAUUUGUAUUUUGAUAAUGCAAUAUAUCCUCUACUUCAAGAACUCCAUCAGUUGAAAAAAGGUGUUAUGAUGAAUAUGAAUAGAGAAUCUGUUUGGGUUGUUGUUUUAAUUAGGCUAGUAACAGCUGAUUUAUCACAAAUA